AAGUCGACAAGCCAACGCGCAAUAGUGAGUAUGUGAAACCAAGCCAACGCGCGAGCCGCGAGCAAACUAAGAAUGAGAUGAUGGCAGGAUAAGGAUUUGAAGCCCCACCUCUCGUUUCCCUCUUACUUCUUUACCCAUACCAACCAAUACUCAAAUUUGCUAGAACAAACAUAGACCUCUGCUAAGCGGUGACACAAACACAUAAGCCUGGGUUUUCCUCGGAACCCCACAAUUUUCUUCAAUUGCAUAGUUUCUGGUGAGGGAAUAAUGCAAAAACUCGUAUAGCUCGUGCUUGGUACCCUAUUUCACAUAUUCAUUCGGCAUGGCUCCUGUGAUUCCCACUACGGUUAACAGUAUUUCACUAACUCCGUGCAAUAUCCUCAUUAGCAGAAAGAACAAUCUUUUAACAAGGUGCAGCGUUUUUCAGAAACCUGGCAGACAAACAUUAUCUGCCCAAAGAUAUGCCAUACCAUUUUCGACACCCGUUAGAUUGUUUCCCCACUUGAGAGUUGGCUUUGAUAUACAGCCUAAAUUAAGAACCCCCAUAGUGUCGUCAGCUGAGACUGAUGUAGCAGUAGAAGAGGCAGACUCGGCCACUGUAGAUAAGAGUCCUUCGGGGGCACCAGAAAAUUCACCUGUCGAGUCAGAUGCCAGUCCUACCCCUGCUCCAUCGAGACGUUCAAGGCCUGCUAGGAAGAGUGAGAUGCCUCCUAUAAAGAAUGAAGAUCUGAUUCCCGGUGCAAGUUUCACGGGAAAGGUCAAAUCAAUCCAGCCAUUUGGAGCUUUUGUUGAUUUCGGGGCUUUCACAGAUGGGCUUGUUCAUGUUUCUAAUUUGAGUAACAGUUUUGUGAAGGAUGUUACUAGCGUUGUUUCUGUUGGACAAGAGGUAACGGUGAGGUUACUUGAAGCGAAUAUGGAGACAGGACGGAUAUCACUGACUAUGCGUGAAAGUGAUGAAACGAGUAGGGAAAAGCAGCCAAAAGAUUCUCCUGGCAGCAGUGAUAAAUCUAGAGCACCAAAGAGAACCCCUCAAAGGAACAACCAAAGAAGAGAGUCGAAGUUUGUGAAGGGGCAGGAUCUUGAAGGAACAGUAAAGAAUUUAACCAGGUCUGGUGCUUUCAUAUCACUUCCUGAAGGGGAAGAGGGGUUCCUGCCAACAUCGGAGAUGGCUGAUGAAGGGCUUGGGGAGAUCAUGGGGGGCUCUUCACUGCAAGUAGGUCAGGAAGUUAGUGUCCGUGUUUUGCGAAUUUCUAGAGGACAGGCAACUUUGACCAUGAAGAAAGAAGAAGCAACCGAAGAGGUGAACUCAGUGCUCAGCCAAGGUGUUAUCCACAAAGCAACUAAUCCCUUUGCAUUAGCCUUUCGCAAAAAUAAAGAAAUUUCUGCGUUUUUAGAUCAGAGGGAGGAGGAAGUGCUGGCUGAAAAGUCAGAAAAAGAUAACAAUGAAGCAGGUGUGGACAUUAGUACGGUAGAUGAUACACUGUCUGAAACCGCGGAGAAAGAUGGGGAAGUUAUGGAAACGAUAAACGAGGACACAACCACCACAGAUCAGCUAAGUGAAGAGCCUUCUGCAACUGAGGAUGAUUCAUUGCCUAUAACUGAAGACCAGCUUGCAGAGCCCGAAGUGAGCACAACUACAACAGAUCAACUAAGUGAAGAGCCAUCUGCCAUUAAUGCUGCAGAAACCAAUGCUCAAGAUGAAACUGCAGCUCAGCUUGCAGAACCUGAAGUGAGCACAACUACAAUCGAUCAACCAAGUGAAGAGCCAUCUGCAAUUAAUGCUGCAGAAACCGAUGCUCAAGAUGAAACUGCAGCUCAGCUUGCAGAACCUGAAGUGAUCACAACUACAAUCGAUCAACAAAGUGAAGAGCCAUCUGCAGUUAAUGCUGCAGAAACCGAUGCUCAAGGUGAAGAGGAACCAAGUGGAACUGAUUUGCUGGAAAAUGGCAGUACUUCAAGCUUAAGUGAACAGAAUGCUGUUUCUCAAGACAAUGAAAACUUGACUGAAGGUUUGUCGCCACUUCUUUUUACUUUUUCCUUUUACAAAAGUUGUUAUCUCAGUUACCUUUUGUCCAAACAGUCACAUGAAUUCCUUGUGCUGACGACCCCUUCUUCUUAUAUAGAAAAUCAGAUUAGUGGAGAAGUUGUGGCUGGAAAUUCGGUUGUAGAGGAUGAUGUGCAGAAAGAAACUAAAGCCGCUAUUUCUCCAGCCCUUGUGAAGCAGUUGCGUGAAGAAACGGGAGCUGGAAUGAUGGACUGCAAGAAGGCUCUUUCUGAAACUGGCGGGGACAUUGCUAAAGCUCUGGAGUAUCUUAGAAAGAAGGGGUUGGCAACUGCAGAUAAAAAAGCGAGUAGAGCCACAGCUGAAGGAAGAAUUGGUUCUUACAUUCAUGAUAGUAGGAUAGGCGUCCUGAUAGAGGUGAAUUGCGAGACAGAUUUUGUAUCUAGAGGUGACAUUUUUAGAGAAUUGGUCGAUGACUUAGCCAUGCAAGUUGCUGCAUGCCCUCAAGUACAGUAUCUUGCCACGGAAGAUGUUCCAGAAGAGAUUGUCAACAAGGAAAGAAAAAUCGAGAUGCAGAAGGAAGACCUAAUGUCAAAACCGGAGCAGAUUAGAUCCAAGAUUGUUGAUGGGAGGAUAAGGAAGAGGCUCGAGCAAUUUGCUCUACUGGAGCAGCCAUAUAUUAAGGAUGAUAAAGUAGUGGUCAAGGAUUGGGUCAAGCAGACCAUUGCAACAAUUGGAGAGAACAUAAAAGUCAAGAGAUUUGUGAGAUACAACCUCGGGGAAGGUUUAGAGAAAAAAAGCCAAGAUUUUGCCGCAGAGGUGGCUGCCCAGACUGCCGCUAAAAGUGUGCCACCACCAGCUAACGAGCAGCCUGCUGCUCCUGAAGCCACGGAAACUGUUGAAGCUCCGAAGACUGCUAUUUCAGCUGCAUUGGUUAAACAAUUGCGUGAAGAAACGGGAGCUGGCAUGAUGGACUGCAAGAAAGCUCUGUCUGAAACCGGAGGAGACCUAGAAAAGGCACAGGAGUAUCUCAGGAAGAAAGGCCUCUCCACUGCUGACAAAAAAUCUAGCCGUCUUGCAGCUGAAGGGAGGAUAGGGUCAUACAUCCAUGACGCCCGAAUAGGGGUUCUGAUUGAAGUCAACUGUGAAACUGACUUUGUGGGGAGAAGCGAGAAAUUUAAGGAACUUGUCGAUGAUCUAGCAAUGCAAGUUGUGGCGUGCCCACAGGUACAGUAUGUGAACACUGAAGAUAUUCCCGAGAGCAGUGUGAGCAAGGAGAAAGAAUUGGAAAUGCAGAGAGAAGACCUGCAGAAAAAACCCGAGAACAUAAGGGAGAAGAUCGUGGAGGGCAGGGUUUCGAAAAGGCUUGGGGAGCUUACUCUUCUGGAGCAGCCCUUCAUUAAGGACGACAGCGUUUUGGUGAAGGAUUUGGUGAAGCAAACUGUUGCGACUCUCGGGGAGAACGUAAAGGUCAGGAGGUUCAUUAGGUUUACACUUGGCGAAUGAUGAGACGAGAGAAAAGGUAACUGAUCCAAACUAUUUUUGUUGCUGAGUAUACUCGAGAUUCAUUUUUGUUGUAGUGCAAAGUUGUUAGCUUUCUUAUAUCAGACUCUUCUUCUUCCACAUCUCUGAUUUUGCACCAGUUUGUAUUGUUAUUGUCACUACUUUUUGAGGCUUUGAGCCCAUCCUUUUGAAAGUUGAACUAGUUGGAAGAGAAGCAACUGAGGUGUAAGCAGAUUUCUGCCAUGGAGAUCUUUCCUGGCUUCCAAGUCAAAUUAUUCGAGUUCGAUUUGAUGAAUGUUUAAAUUC